UGUUGAACUCUGUGAACUCUCAAGUCUAUUCUUUCCAAUCCAUAUUCUAGUGUUAUUCGCCAGGAUUUUCAUCGAGAAAUGGGCGAUCCGCGGCUCAACCAUCUUGGCAGCGUUCUGGAAUCCAAAAAUAGUACUCUGCGCAGAGAAGCUGCCGUCGCAUUUGGUAAAUACUGCCUGUCAGACAGCAAAGUUGCGGAGGUUUUGCUGAAAUAUAUCUGCUCUCCUUCAUGGGAUGCACGAGUGGCAGCUGCAGAUGCCCUCCAUGCUCUUCUGAGAAAUAUGGGGACUUUUUCUGGCAAAACUGAAGAAGUUCCAGUGGUCGCUUCCUUGCGAGAAAUCAAUGCUAAAUAUGUACUCAAGACUUUCAAGCCACUAUUGAGUGACGAUGGAACAGCUCUUAGUGCUGGUGGCUCCAGCACAAAAAUCAAUGUGCAUCAGCAACGUCUUGUUCUUGACCAGCACUUGGAUAUGAGCGCUGUUAUUGGUGUCACCUCUGCUGGUUUUCUCAACGAUUCCGAUGUUUUGCCGCAGAGCACGAGUAACUCUCCACGACAGGAACCGGAAGAGCUGCUCAUUGCUGACUGUUCCAAGCUGAAAACCGAAGUAAAGGCUGAAGAUUUUGAAAAUGCAGAUGGGGAUAGAGUAGAAUGUGUUUCGCAAAAUGCUUUUUUGCAAUUUUUCUGCAGGCUUCUUCCUCUCUUAGCUGAUCAACGAUGGCAGUUCAGGCAUGGAGCUGCUAUAGCUAUAGCUAGAACAUUGGCUACAUCAUAUCAGAGAAUACCUCUUCCUAUGGUGGAUGCAUGUGCUUUACAGUUGCUGCAUGUAUUGAUACUCGAUCAGUUCAAUGAUUUCGUUUCAGGUCGUAAUGCGACGGCACCCGUGCGCGAGACGUGUGCCCAAGCUUUGGGCCAUUUUCUUCAUAAGGCAGAUUUAGAACGGAGAAAUAUUGUCUUAGGCCAUCUUCGUAAUCUUUUAUCUAUGCAAGGCGAAAGGAAUUGGCACUGUCGUCAAAGCGCUUUGCUUGUUUUCAAGUAUUUCUUUGCUGUUGCAUCGUCUUCGGAAGCUUUUAACGACUGUUUCAAACUGGUUGUCAUGAGUUUGAAUGAUCCAGUCGAUGAUGUCGUGUCGUGCGCUGUGACAACCUUGUCAUCAUUGCUUUCCAAUCCAUCAGUGGACGAGAAGCGCUCUGAUCUUAUCCAGCAUGUGAUGUCUAAUGUGUGGCAAUUGUUGGAGUUAGAAUCGAAGAAGGAGCAACUGCGCACUGGCUUGGAUGCACUUGCAGUAGACCUUAUAAGUAUUGUAGAGACAUGGUUACGGUUACAGGAGACUUCUACUCUAACUAGGGAACAGAUUAUGACAGUUGUUAGCAUGGUAGAUGAACAGUUUCAAUCCAGGUCACAGAAAAUAGUCACGCUUCUAUUCACAGCUUUCAAACGGGACGAGGGAGUUUUGAAUGGGAAUGACUUGCUGUUCAUUCUCAAACUUUUCUACCGAGUUCUACUCUUUACUGCACCCGCACAAGAUAUGAUAUUAUUAGAGAAUGUUUAUAUCACUUCUAAAGCACUUAUUGAAAAAUAUGGGUCAACUCUGAUUCAAUCAAGAGCUUUAUUAGACAAAAUAGGGCCAUGGGCGGGUUGUUUACUACAUGACCAUAGAAGUGCUGUUAUAGAUGUAUUUACGUAUUGCGUCGAUAUAGCAAGUAGUUCGCGAGAUGAUCCUUUGGUUAGGAUGGGAAGUGAAGAAGUGCGAUGUCUUUCGGAUAAGGAGAAGGAUGAUGUGUACAUAUCUCGUAAAAUCAUAGCCGCCAAAUUUCUAGCUACAAUUAUCCAAUUACACUAUGAGAGUCGUCUGGAAUUGGAAGGACAACCUGUAACUGAAGCCAUACAGCUGUUGUUUGUUCCAUUUUUGAGAUCGAAUCUUUUAUAUCAGAAUCUCGGAGCUGCUAUCAUAUUGAAUGAAUGGGCUUCUGUUUAUCGAGAAUCGAUGAACAAGAGCGUGCAGCUUGACCCGCCUGUAACGCUGCUUCAGAUCUGUGAUAGCUUUCUCAGGGCACCGCAGAAGAAUUAUGACGAACUGACAUCAGCCGUCAAUCAUCUCACAAUGGACUGCAAAGAGUUUGUGGACUAUUGUGUUUUACGAGGUGUUGAUAGGAGUAAGCUUGGUAUGGGAGAAUCUGCCUCUGUUGAGGAGAUCAGCAAAACGGCAUAUGAAAUGUGUCUAGCGGGUUUGACGUCUCCUAACCAUAUCGAAUCGCUUACUACACGUUAUAAUGUCCUUGCUGAUUCGAUACAGUUCACGAAGUUGGCCGUGAAGACCAAUACAACGAGGGUCUCAGCGUUUCUUUCAUCUGCUCUGUUCUACUUCGGUUUUGCGCCUGAAAAGUUGACACCAAUGGUGCGGCCUUUAGUGGAAUGCAUGCAAAAUGAGCAGAAUUCUACAGUUUCCGCUGAGGUUUUUCGUGGAGCGGUAACGCUGAUGAUAGCGUACAGCUGGCCAAGAACACCGAGACCGUACGUUAAGGUACUUGCUCGAGCUAUGGACAUGUUUUCAAGCUGUUCCAAUCGCAUUCCCAAACCGGAAGAAUGGGCUGCGAAAGAUCAGCAGCAUCUGAUCCUGUCCCUGCUAUGGUCGGAGCCAGAACGGAGCGUGCUCACACCGCCCAGCAGCAACGCUGAGCUGAUGUUCUUGGUCUGCUCUACUUUUGCGGUUGAUCAGUUGCCGGAAUUUUAUGAACAUUUCGCUCUGGACAAUUGCACCAAUCAACAGGUACUGCUUUCGCGUUUGGCUUUGCACGAUUGUAUGUGGUCGAGAGUAGGCUCAACUCUCUCAGAUGCAUCUACUUCACUUAUACUAGAUCUACUUACCAACAGUAACCCCGCUCUGAGGUUUGCUGGUGCCAAAGCAGUAGAGACGUUUGCUCGAUCUAGUCUUGGUGAUACUAUAUCGCGCAUUUAUAAUCGUUUAUCACAAAUGCUGUCCAAUAUUUCAAAUGCCAAUGAAAGAAAAGGUGCUAUAGAAGCCAUGUUGAGGCUGUCUUUUUUGAACUCUUCCUUGUGUGGUGCUGUAUCUUUGUUAGCUCCCCUUGUAUUUGUGCGCAUGACUGACAAACUAGAGGAAAUAAGAGAAGCUGCUGGAGAGGCAUUUCGCAACAUGGUGCCAUUGCUAGCUCUCGAGGAUGUAACGGUGCCCGUGCCCGGACUCAACGAGGAGCUGUCGGCUAAGCGUGUGGAAAGUGCAGAAUUUGUUAAUGUGCUUUCCGCUCCUAGCAAGUUGAAUUUGGUUGAAACUUCUACUAUUCGAGGACUUUGCAAGACGAUACAACUCAGGCACUAUCAGGCUGAGGGAAUAACGUGGAUGCGGUUUCUGCGAAAAUUCGGCUUGAAUGGUAUCUUAGCUGAUGAUAUGGGACUUGGAAAGACUCUCCAAACUCUCUGCGCCUUGGCUUUGUCGAUUGACAGUGAUGUCCAACUAUCUAGCAAAUGCUCGCUAAUUGUCUGCCCUCGUACAUUAGUUGAUCACUGGUGUAAUGAAUGGCGACGAUUUUUCCCUGGCCGCACUCCUGCACGGCAUGUUGAAGGAGCGCCGACAAAGUGGAAAUCGGCAGAAAUAGUAGUUGCUGCAUACGAGGACCUGAAAGGAAAUUCUUCUUUGGGUCGCGUUGCUUGGAACUAUGUUGUUUUGGAUGAAGGGCAUGUGUUGAGAAAUCCCAAAACUGCAAUAUGGCGAGCUGCAAAUGAGUUGAACUGUACCAGUCGAUUGAUUUUAUCUGGUACGCCAGUGCAGAAUAGCCCGGCAGACCUAUGGGCGUUGUUCACUUGGCUGAUGCCUGGUUAUUUGGGCGAUGAAAGACAUUUCCGAGCGCAAUUUCUCAAGAAGAUUUUGAAGUGUAGGAGCCAUAAAGCCACAGAGAAAGACAUACAGGAUGGAUCGGAAGCUGUUUCACAGUUGCAUAAGUUAAUUCUUCCAUUUAUAAUGAGAAGGUUGAAAUCAGAGGUUCUUCGCGAAUUGCCUGACAAGAAUGUCCAGGAUUACCAGUGUCAGCUAAGCGAUGAGCAGAGGACUAUUUACAAGUUCAUUGUUGAUAGAUGCACCGCCAAUCGCACCCAGCUGGCUGCACGACGUGGCAUCUCACCUCUUCAUGCUCUCACAGCCUUGCGACAGCUUGUUGAUCACCCAUCGCUCAUUGAGGAUGUUCUGACCAAGUUAGCAGCUCCAGAAGAGAUUAUGAAGCUGCUCCAAUUUGCAACAUCUGGAAAAUUAGCUGCUCUAGGACAACUGCUGAAUGAAUGUGGUAUAGGUGUGACAAUUGAGAAGGAAGAUCCUGAAGAUGAAGAUCCCUUAUCUUCAAUACCAGUAGAGUUGCCACAUCGAGCUUUGAUAUUCUGUCAGUGGAAAUCGUCUGUGCAGUUGGUUUCAGCAGCGUUGGCUAGAGGCGAUUUUGGAGCACCAAUUUCACACUUGGUCCUCGAUGGUUCUGUAGCUCCUUCAGAUCGACAAUCCGUUGUUGAUCGUUUCAACUCGGAUCAUUUAAUUGAUGUGCUCGUAUUGACAACUCAUAUUGGUGGCGUCGGCCUUAACCUGACAGGUGCUGAUGUAGUGAUAUUCCUUGAUCAUGACUGGAAUCCGAUGAAAGACCUGCAGGCCAUUGAUAGGGCCCAUCGUAUCGGACAAACACGAAAGGUCAAUGUUUACCGACUGAUUACGCAAGGUACGGUUGAGGAUAAGGUCAUGAGUCUGCACAAGUUCAAGCAGGACACAGCUGACGCCCUAAUUGGUGCUGAUAAUCGAUCUUUGCAAACGAUGGCUACUGAUGAAUUGAUGAGUAUGUUCAUACUGGAUGGUGAACAACCCACGAAAGAGAACGGAGCACCAGAAGCCAAGAGAAAACGCAAAAGUACAGCGGCAUCGGAUGCGUCUUCAGUGGAGGAUCGAUGGAAUUUGGCCGAGCUUUGGGACGAGAGUCAAUACGAGCAGCAAUUCGAUGUGUCGCAGUUUAUCAAGGACGCUGUAUAGGUAAAAAUUUAGGUAACUGUUUUACCGGUGCUUGAAAAUGCAGGUGAUAUCGAUUAAGGUUUUCUUUCCCCACUCUAGUGUCAUGCUGGUACCUCAUUUCUUGCGUUGAUAUUGAGCUUGUUAGGAUAAGUUCAGGUUUUCUUGCCAAUGCUAUUGACUUUGAAGUUUUGGUUCAUCAAAUUAAUGGUAGGUAAUUUUUUCUUGCUUGUUCUUCUUCUUUGAUUUUUU